AUGUCGAUAGCUUCUUCUUGUAGAACAAUUCCUCCGGUAGUUAGUAGUUACUCGCCAAAGGGUGUAAUUAAAAAUGUUUCCAACUUAGAUAUCUAUACUGUGGUUCCUGACUCAUUCGCUAAAGCUCAAACUAAAAAUGCGAUUAUAAUUUGUUAUGAUGUUUAUGGAUUUCAUGAAAAUGUAAAACAAUUUUGUGAUAUAUUGGGAAGUAAAUGGUUAGGUGAAAAUGCGCCUCCUGAAGAAGUUCAACAACUCACCACUCAAGUUGUAGAACAUCUUCGCAAGGAACAUGGUGUUCAGAAUUUUGGAUAUGUUGGAUUUUGUUGGGGUGGAAUGAUCGCUUCUAAAAUGUCCAAGGAUCCUACAUUUGAUGGUUGUGUAUUAAUUCAUCCUGCAAUGUUAUCAAUCGAGGACUUUAAGGAGAGUAAAUGUCCUAUUGCAUUUUUACCUUCUAAAGAUGAACCUGAUCUUGAAAACUUAUAUUUCAAAAAUCCAAUUCUUACCAGCAAGCCAUUUGGUAGCAAACUUGUUCAUCGUAGAUUUGAUUUGCAUCAUGGUUUCGCAGGUGCCAGGGGUGAUUUCACCAAUGAAAAUAAUGUUAAAAGUGUAAACGAAGUUGUUGAUAUUACUGUAAAAUUCUUUAACGAGAAUUUAGGCGUGAAAUAUUAA